AAAUUUACAGGUAAUUUAACAAUAAAAAUUUUUCAAAGAAUAACGUCGUUUUCAUUCAUUCGUGGAUACUUCCAAGUUGGUCGUAAGGUGUUUCUUUUUUCAAAAAAUUAAGAGAUUAACAUCGAAUAAGUAAAUGCUUUGUAUAAUUAUUAGUGAUUAGUAAAGUGGAACUUUUUGAAAUAAGAAUGAAGACUUUAUUAAGGAUUUCGAUUUCUGUUUGCUUGAUAAUAACAGUCACGUGUAUUUCGGAAGAACACCAAAAACUCAGAGACAGUAGAAAGAAAGCUGUGGAAGAAUGUAGAAAAGAAAAACCAGAAGUGAGCGAUGAUGAUUUUGCCUCAGUAUACAGAAAAGAAUCGCCAAAAAAUGAAAUUCAACACUGUGUUAUAGAAUGUGUCUAUGAAAAAAUGGGAAUGGUAAAGAAUGGGAAACUCGUUUACGAAGAAAUUUCAAAAUCAUUUCAAGCAAUGUUAGGGCAUGAUCCGGCUAUGUUGUCUUUUGUGAGCAAUUUCGGCGAAGAGUGCAAAAAUGAAGUUGAACAAAAAUAUGGCUCAAUUCCAAAAUGUGGAGUUUCAGAUGCUUUCCAUUCGUGUAUGGGGAGAAAAAAGAACGGCCAAUGAAAUGUGAAAAUGAGCUAUAGGUAUUAUGGUUGCGUUUUGUCACAUUACACGAAACUGAAAAGAAGAAAAAAUGAAAAUAAUUUUUUAAGUAAUUUUAUAAAAUACAAUUUUUGUUUUGAUUUUA